AAGAGGCUGUUUGCAGCAGAUGGAUAACAUCCCAACAGCAUUCAUGGAAACCAGAGAGGAAGCUGGAUGCGGGCGUUGCUAUGGAUGCAGAUUUGCUGUGGAGACGAGCAGAGAGGAUCUGAGUGUCUGCUGGGACAAGAGCAGAGCGAGAGACGGACAGCUGAGAACAUCCGCCGGAGGAGCAGACAGACAGACUGCGGGAGUGCUCAGUGUUGCCGGGUUGAUCGUCGGGGACUGCUCCAGAACACAGCGCUCAAAAUGGGAGUCGAGAUCGAGACCAUAACACCGGGCGACGGAAGGACUUUCCCCAAAAAAGGACAGACGUGCGUAGUGCAUUAUGUCGGCUCCCUGACAGACGGACAAAAGUUUGACUCGUCUCGUGACAGGGGCAAGCCUUUCAGGUUCAAGAUCGGCAAACAGGAAGUGAUCAAAGGCUGGGAGGAGGGUGUAGUGCAGAUGAGUGUUGGUCAAAGGGCCAAGCUGACCUGCUCACCUGACUUUGCUUACGGAAACAAAGGCCACCCGGGUAUCAUUCCUCCUAAUGCCACUCUCAUCUUUGACGUUGAGCUGCUGGGAUUGGAAUGAAACCAAUUCAUGACCCUUCUUUUUGUUCUGUGUGACUUCCUACCUGGGUGACCUGGAGAGAAGUUAGGAGAGUCUGCACUUGAUUCUAUAAGAGGCUUCAGUCUAUAGUUCCACUACUUAUUUCAUCAAACUUUGACAGUUUGUGUUUUUUUGUCUCUGUGACUGAGUCAAUUCUACUUUUUUUCCAUCAUACACUUCCUCCUAAAAAAAAGAAAAAAAAUCAUGGGCCAUAACCUUACAAACCUCCAUGUUCUUAAUCUUGAAUUCUUUUGAAUUGCGCUUUACUUUUCCUUUGUGUUUUUUGAAGUGUUGGUUGUGCAUGGUUACGCUGAGAAGUACAAAAUACCAAUGAACCACUCGCAGCGACAUUCAUCUCCUAUGAGUCAACAAGUUCUAGUAUUAUAAUGUUAGAGAGAUGGUGCUUGUUAUAUUACAGAAACAAAAAAGAGUAUACAGGAGAAAAUGAAAAGCACACAUUUGUAUCCCUAUCCAGAGCAAAUGAAAAGUUUCUGUUCGAAAGGUAAGGCUUAGUGUUGGAUUUUAGUGGCUACCUGUAGUGAACGUCAUGGGAGGCCUUAAUGGUGCAACACAGGAACUAAGUUAGCAACAUAAAAUGCCCAUUUCUUAACAGUACCACCGUGUUUUGUUUUCCAUUAAAAAUGUUAACGGAAGUGUGGGCUAGAGAGAGGUAACAGGCGCAAAGAAGAGCCAACCACAGUUGUAGAUAGUCCAAAUGUGUGCCUAAAUAUUCUCACCAGACACAUGGUUACCACCUUCCUCUGCAUGUUCUAGGCCCGAUGGAAACCCUAGUAUGUACAUGUUGAAAGCUUUGCAUCCGAUUUGCGUUGUUAUUAUUGCCUUUUCAUCUCGCCAAGUCUUUAAACCCCAUUUAAAGCCAUACACAGGUCCAACAGUGCAAAGACAGGAUUUGCGUUGACGCACGUCAAUUGGAUUAUUUUUUUUUCUUGGUAAAAAAAAAAAAAAAAAAACGGGAAAUGCUUGAAAUUUACAAAAGGGGGCUCGAGGGAUCAAUCAAAUUGUGACCUCCCCCGACUUUAUUUUGUGUAACAACUUCAAUCAUGUAUUUUUCAGAUGCCAACUUUCUAUCUCUGAGAAUCAACAAUGUAUAACCUAUGAUGAUAGAUAAUGUUUUUCUUGUUUGUUCGUUUUUUUCUUUGCCAGUGUCAGUGAAGUACCACGCUGCCUGACUGAAAUCUGUGUCGUGGUAGAAAAAGACACGCCGGCAUCCUUGUGAUUUUGUAUCUCAAAUAAAUAGUUUUAAAUGGAGUUUAAUGAAGGAAUAUGCUGGCCUGGCUGUCAGAUAUUGACCGUGGCUGUCGAUGUUACAUAUUGGCCAAGCUGCAACUGGUGUGGCAGCAGUCCACCUCUGUACUGUGUAGUUAUUUGCUGAUACGUUACUGUAUGCAGACUAAACCAAUGAUGACAUAUUUAAAAUAAAAUAAGUGCUCUCCA